AUGUCGUCGUUAACUCGCCUGUCGAAUCUGACCAGCCUGUUCUUUCCGCCAGAGUCGCCGUGCUUCCGUCUUCAACGUCUGCUGCUAAGCAAUGUUUUGAGCAUCCCGCCUGACGAUCUUGGAGAGCAGUUCCCGGUACUUCGCGAACUCUGCAUUUUCGGGCUUGAGAAGCUAUCCUUGGACCGUGUGGGCAUUGUCACCCUCCCUGCAUCGAUUUUGUGCUUGGCUGCUCUUGAAUCGUUGAGCAUCACGCGAUCAAGGCUGAAGUCAAUUCCGGAGGGAAUAGGCGAGCUGACCAAUCUGCGCACUCUGGUGCUCAGCUGGUGUGAGCAACUGCAGCGCCUGCCGGAGGGUACAGGCCGUCUUGGUGACCUGCGGGAGCUGACCUUGAGCUGCUGCAGUAAGCUGACAGCACUGCCAGCAUCCAUCACUCAACUGACCCGCCUCAACACUCUCAAGGCCCCCAUGUGUAUCAAGCUCGCAUCUGCACCUCGAGCCUUGGAAAACCUCUCAUGCCUGCGGGAGCUGGAUUUGACGGGUUGUGUUCGUCUGAAGAAGACUUUGGAAUCACUGCCGCGGUCUUUGGAAACCUUGAGCUUGGGAAACGACACCAAAAGCAUCACUCUUCCAGACUUGUCAAUGGCUCCAAAUCUCAAGAAGCUGAAUUUAAUUCGGGCUACUAUCAUGAACGCACCAACAGCCAGCCGUUGCCUCUCUCACAUACAGCACCUAGAGUUGCGCCUGGGUACCGAACAAAUAGAGCCUCCACUCCUGCUCGGGUUCCUUUCACGCCUCCGUUCUCUCCGCCUCUCAAAUGCAGUGUCCUUGCAACACCUCCCGCAUGACAUCGGCACUGCUCUGCCUCAGCUGCGGCAGCUGCAUGUGGAAGGAGCGGAAUCUCUCACGGAGAUUCCAGAAAGUGUGACCCGGCUGGUGCAACUCACAUCUCUUCACAUAAAAGCUCCAAGGCUAAUCCUUAUCAUGAUUGGGCGACCUUAG